AUGUGCGGACAGACAACUGGAGUUGGACAUCUGGGGGUGGCGGCGAUUGACUUCGGAACAACGUAUUCUGGAUACGCAUUUUCCUUCAAGAGUCAGUUUGAAACAGACCCUUGCAACAUUUCGGCUAAAACCUGGACCGGUGGACAGCUACAAUCUUUGAAAGCUCCAACCUGCGUGUUAAUUAAACCCGACCGUACAACUUUAGAAACGUUUGGUUUUGAUGCGGAAACGCGAUACAGCCAACUAUGUGAGACAGGAGAGCAUACACAGUGGUACUACUUUCAGAGAUUCAAAAUGUUGUUAUGGAAAAAGGAGAUAAAUAAGAAUUCGAUGUUGGAAGACGAAACUGGAAAAAUGCUCCCCGCCUUGACAGUAUUCUCUUUAUCGAUCAGGUAUAUGAAGGAAGACAUGGAGAGAAUGUCUGAAAAACAAUUAUGUGGCAUUCAUCCUGGAGAUAUUCACUGGGUUAUCACAGUACCUGCUAUAUGGGACGAUUCUGCCAAGAAUUUCAUGAGACUCGCGGCUCAAAAGGCUGGGAUUGACAGUGCAAAGUUGACCAUCGCAUUAGAGCCAGAGGCAGCAUCAAUCUAUUGCAGACAUAUCCCAGUAGAGAUUGAUGGGAAUACCGGCCUUGAAGCAUCCUUUAGGGUUGGCAAGAAAUUCAUCGUACUCGAUUCGGGAGGUGGCACAAUUGACAUAACAGUUCAUGAAGUUUGCUUCGAUGGAAAACUAAAGGAAAUCUACAAGGCCACAGGGGGAGCUUGGGGUGGAACAAUGGUGGACAAGGAGUUUUUAGACUUUAUCGCAGAGCUUACAGGAAAAGACUUACUACAACGUUUUAAGAAAGAUCACAUGGAAGACUAUUUAGAUCUGCUUCGGGAUUUCGAAAUUAAGAAAAGGAAGACGGAUUCGAAUAGUCAAGGACGGGUUACAAUAAAACUUCCAUUGACUUUCAUGGACCUUGUGGAAGACAACAAAGGCCAAACAAUUAAACAUAUUGUGAAGUCUUCGCAUUACGCAAAUAUGGCUACACUGUCAGGUGACAAGUUCCGUUUGGAUUACAACAUAUUCCGUUCAUUCUUCAAGAAGUCGGUUGACAACAUCGUAUCGCAUGUGAAAUACUUGCUCUUUGAACAGGAAACCGCCGGUGUAGACACCAUUCUAAUGGUAGGCGGCUUCUCGGAGUCUCCGCUUCUUACCGACACUAUUCAAAGGGAAUUCCCAAGAAUGAAAGUCAUCGUUCCAAAGGAUGCCGGCCUGGCUGUCAUGAAAGGAGCUGUCAUAUUUGGGCACUGUCCUACCUUAAUAAAAGAGAGAGUAUCCAAAUACACAUAUGGUAUCGAAGCGAUUGAUAGAUUUGAUCGAAAGGUUCAUCCCUUGAAUAAACUACACAAAACGGAUAAGGGUAACAUGUGUCGCGAAAUAUUUGACUUAGUGGUAAAGUCGGGUGAAAAACUUAGAGUUGAUGAACCCCAUUUCGAAAGACGAUAUUCUUCUGUGAAUGUUGAUCAAUAUUAUUUGUCGUUGAGCCUGUAUACUACAACUAACAAUGAUGUAAAGUUCGUUACGGAUAUUGGAUGCAAAAACAUAGGAUGUAUAGAUGUUCCGUUAUCUGGAAAAGGAACUGACAGAUGUGUCAAGGUUCGAUUAUAUUUUGGCGGCACAGAAAUAAUAUUUGAAUGUGAGGAAGAGUCAACGGGCAUCGUUACGCGUAAUGUCGUGAAUUUAAUGUAAAUGUACAAAAGUCAUGAAAGUUGAUCUUUACGCCUUUAAAUUGUUAUUAAACGUGGAGACGU